AUGCUGGCAGAAUCCCAGAGGCAUUGCCAAAUAUUGCCUCGCGAGCACAUGCGCACGCUUGCGGGGCAUUGGCCUGGUGAGCCGGCAGCGUCCCAGAGAACGGCAGGCGCGUUCAAGCGCGCAGCAGAGUCCUUGAAUGUAAUGGAUCUCUUGACGCAAAGUAGACGCAGCUCUGCCCCAGCGGCAGCCUCCUUGACGCAUCGCGAGGCGGGCGUUGGAGCGCAAAGCACGGGCAGCGUCGCACACGCUAUGCUGACCUCGAACACGCAAGGGGCUGGUAGACCGUCGACGCAGUUGCUUUAG